UCCUCCAGAAUGCCUUACGUGACUCUGGGAUAUUGUUGCUCAUGGUUAGCACAACAUAUUUCAACAACGACCACCAACUCCUCCCCUUUCGCAAAGGGAAAACGAUAAUAGGCAUAUCUAUUCUUAUCCCCUUUUUUCUUUCCACUUGUUACCUGCCCCCCUCAGCACUUACACUACAAACAUACAAUUUACACGACCUAAUACUUUAGUAUAACAUGUACUUUUUUUUUCUUUUUUUUGUUUCCCUCAAUUUCGACGCCAUCCGUUCCGCGACGCAUGAUCAUCUUCUCUCGAACCCAUACAUGGGCAGUUCAAGCCAAACGUAUCAUUGUCGUUCGACCAAUCUUGAAAGCCCUUUAUCUCCAUUCCGUAGCCCCUUCGAACAACCCUCCCCCCCCCUCUCAGGAGCAAGAGCUCUUUACUUGUUUAAGUCCAGCGCACUUUGCCAAUCCAAUGAGCUUCCCCUUAUAGUGAACGUCGGGCUUGUGUGUUGUGUUUCCCCAUGAUCUCUUUCCUGAGAGUUUCCGCCGUUACAUUC